AUGCCUUCGUAUCUCAUCACCGGCUCAAGUCGAGGUCUGGGCCUUGGCUUUGUGACCGAGUUACUCAAAGAAAAGGAUAAUGUAGUAAUCGCAACAGCAAGAAACACGGCAGCGUCGACCGGUCUUCAAGAGCUCAAGGGCAAGCACCGAGGUGGACAGCUGCACCUCAUCGAUCUGGACGUCACCGACAUUCAGAGCAUUCGAAGAGCCGCUGAGGAAACGAGCCGUCUGUUGCCAGGAGGCUUAGACAACCUAGUCAGCAACGCAGGCGUGAAUUCUAACCCGUUGACUUCAUUUGAGGAUCUUGUCGUCAAAGAAUUUAUCGACGAGGUCAACUUCAAUCUAACCGGCACUCUGCUGCUCUUGCGUGAAUUUGUCCCAUUGGUUCGCAAAAGCGUGGCCAAGAAGGUGCUCGUCAUCUCGUCGGUGUUAGGCUCAACUGAGCUCGGCGCGAGCAUGCCAAAUCUACAAAAUGCAUACUCGAUCGGCAAAGCUGCUUUAAAUAUGAUGGUGCGCAAGUGGAGUGCAGUCCUUAAGGACCAGGGCAUAACCACUGUUCUGCUUCAUUCAGGUUAUUCCGCUUUUACUGAGGUUGGAAGCGGAAUUGAAGAGUGGAUGAAGACAUACGCCCCAAACGUCCCACGCCAAACCAUCGAAGAAUGUGCUGAAAGCUCCAUGAAAGUGCUUGCAGGCAUUACUCCAGAGGAUAAUGGCCUGUUUUAUAAUUAUGAUGGGACAAAGCUGCCCUGGUAG